UCGAGCAAACUCCAGUCGAGCAACCUCCCAAGCAAACUAGGGGUAGAAAGAUGGCAUCCACCGAGCAACCUGAUCUUCCGACACAGGCUGCCCUUCUACCUGGAGAUAAUUUAGCCGCUUCCCCCAGAGAAGCCCUGAUUGCCACUGCUGUGAAAUUUCUACAGAACCCAAAGGUGCGCCAGAGUCCCCUGGUCACCAGAAAAGCCUUCUUGAAAAAAAAAGGACUGACGGAUGAGGAGGUAGAGUUAGCUAUCCAGCGCUCUGGCAGUACAGAAGAAAUCCUGCCUCUGAGCCCUGUGGGACCCCCACAUCCCCUCAGUGCAACUCAGCUUUCUCCUGUAACUCACACAGGCUACCGAUGGAGAGACUACGGUGCCCUGACUGUCGUUAUGGUCGGCAUCGCCUUUGGCUUUCAUCAGCUUUACAAGAAAUAUAUCCUUCCCCUCAUUAUGGGCAGCCGAGAGGACAAGAAACAUCUGCAGAGGAUGGAGAGCAACAUUGCGGCAAUGAGUGGCACGCUGACACAGACAGUGAGCCAGCUGCAGCAGACCCUGGGCUCCGUCCAAGAGCUCCUGAUCCAGCAGCAGCAGAGAAUUCAGGAGCUGUCUCAGGAACUGGCUGCGGCAGAGACAUCAUCCUCAACCAGUCGCAUCCUGGACAAGCAAACAAUCGGGGAGCUGAAGGCCGAGAUCGCCUCCCUGAAAGGAUUACUGCUCGGCAGGAAACAAUUCCCUUCAACUCCCAGUAUUCCUAAGAUCCCUUCGUGGCAGAUUCCCCUGAAGCCGCCAUCAGCAUCUGGCUCGCCGUCUGUUAACCACAAUAACAGCAGCAGCGACAUCUCCCCCGUCAGUAAUGAGUCCGCUCUCUCCUCCCCCAUCAAAGAUGGACACCACAGCCCCCAGGAUGCACUGGGAGGCCCAGACGGAGCGCAUGGCAUCAACGGCGACGUUGGGACCGUGAACCUCGGCCUGCCGCCGGACCUCAAGGACCAGGUUCGCAUGGAGGUGCAGGGCGAGGAGGAGAAAGAGGAGGAAGAGGAUGAUGUCAGCCACCUAGAGGAAGAGGAGGAGGGCCUGGGCAUGCACACAGAGGGUCGGCGAGGUGGGGACGGACAGAUUAAUGAACAGGUGGACAAACUGAGGCGACCCGAGGGGGCGAGCAAUGAGAGCGAGGUGGAUUAGGCCGCAGUAGAAAGCACAAAAACCCUCAGCACGCGGCGCCUCUCAUCUCUGCCGCUGGCUUGGUUUCACUCUGCCUCUCCCUGCUGCGCUCAGUUUGUGUGUUUUGUUGUUUUCCUUUUUUUUUUAAUCCAUCUUGUCUGUGUUUCCUCUCCUCUGUAACAACUUAAUCUUGAGCAAAAUGAGGAGCGGGCGUGGGCGUGAGAAGACACAAAACUGACAAAUAUUAGAGUGUCUAGUUGACACACGGCUUACCUCAAUUUACUUUCCAUCAUCAAACUAAAUGACUGCGCGCGGAGCCAAGUACCAUCUCGGUCUGUGUCUUUCAUAUGGGAAAUGACGGGCAGUAGUCGAAUCAGAAGGGGUUUAAAGGACUAAAUACGCAGCUAAGCGGGUGUGACUUGCACUUCUGCUUUUAAUUUUAAUUUUAUCAGAUAAUUCACAGCUUUGCCUUAGUGUCUUCACAGUGUUACUGACAGACCAAAGAGGCGGCGCCGCACAGGACGUCCCUGCUGCACAGAGCAGCUGUGGGUCAGGACUCAUGUUGGUACCGAGCGCUUCCAGAGAAGCAUUAGCGCCGCUUGUGUCCCUGUUGACGGCAAUAGGAGAGGACAAGCUCUUCCAGGGACGGAGCUUUUAGCCUUUUUUGCGUGUCCUCUCGCAUUGGUGUCAGUCUGUCAAUAAUUCACAAGGCCAGCAGGGCGGCGUCUGGGUGAAAUAAAAGCCCCGAAAUUCGAGAUUGGAACGUGAUGACGGCUUUCGUUCCGCGCCGGUGUGGGAGCGAUUGCCCGCUCAAAGGAGGGGAAGAUUAAUGUGUUUCCCCCCACUUUCCUUUUUCACUAAGGGCUGAAUUGUGCAUCUUUGCGAGCGCGUGUUUGCGCGCCGACUGUCUGCUGAGCUGCGUCUGUGUCUCCAGCAGGGCAGCUGAUUUGGUUUGCGAAGUAUGUUAAUAAUCAAAUGAUCAACAAAUAACAGAUGUAUUAGUUCAUGCAGCUUGAAAUGUCAAGGAGGCUAAAAGCGGAAAUCUAAUACAGAAAGCCCAGUUGCGUUGUAUUAUUUUCUGUGACAAACCCUCCGGUCCAAAUUACGAAGCGCCUCCUACAGUGAGUAAUCUUUACAGAAAACGGCGCCAAUAUUUUGUAAUUAAGCAGCAGUAGGACAACAACGGCUGCCACAGAUGCAACUUGCACAACUUGUAUCACUUUUUUUCUUGUUGUGGAGGUGGAUGGGGGAAGUAAAAAAGAAAAAAAAGAAAAACGUUGUCCUGUGAUUGAAACGGAAAGUUAUAAAUGAAUACUUGACUUAUCGAAUUACUCACUGUGUCUCCAGCUAACAAGAAGAGUCCAUGAGUGAGAAGAAGGGAUAUCGGCUCGACUUGCGCCGUUUCCACCGCCGACACGCGGGCCUUUGUAGCUGCAGAGACACGGUAGAGCCACAGUUCUGUCUCGACGCCACUGCUAAUCAGCGUUGUUAUAAAAAUGACAUUUUCUGAUGUUGCAGAAAGGGAGUUAUUGUUGUUACAGACCCAGGAGGUGUAACUCAUGCUUCUUGCUCUGUUGUAUCAGGGGUUGAUCCUCUUUGUAACCUGCCGAUCGGUGUCUGACUCACAGCUACAGUUGUACAUAACUAAUAAAUUUAUCUCGAAUAA